AUGCGUACGGCAGACUACUUCGAUUAUGUCCAGAAUUCGUUCCACGCUCGAGGCUGGUCAGCUUACUGCCAGGUAUCCCUAUGUAUCCACUCUCUGAUCGAUGUACUGUCCCGAGCGUACUGGCAAAUUCUUCUUGCUCUCUUCCUAGGUCUCAGUGGCAUACUUCUUCAAACCAGAUACCGUCGAGGCCUGAGGAACCUCCCAGGGCCCUUUCUAGCAAGUAUCUCGUCGCUACCCCGCGUUGUAACAGCUUUCGGCGGUCACCAGUUUCUCAAGCAUGCCGAGUAUCACAAAACCUAUGGACCGAUGGUGAGGGUUGGUCCGAAUCACGUUUCGAUUGCAGACUCGCAGUGCAUCAGCCAGAUUUAUAGCAUUACCUCGAAGUUCUACAAGAGUAAUUUCUAUAUUUUGUUUGAUGCAGAUACGGGUACAGCCAAAGUUCCAACAGUCUUCUCCGUCCGCGACCAGUCAAUGCACAAAUCAAUGAAACGGCCGAUUGCAAAUGCCUACUCGAUGAGCUCCAUGAUCGAACUUGAACCCGCCGCCAAUGCUUGCACAGAGAUUUUCGAGCGGAAGCUUCAGGAAAAGCAGGGUGCACCUAUCGAUUUGGGGGCCUGGCUCCAUUGGUACGCCUUCGAUCUAAUCACAUCGAUCACCUUUUCCAACCGACUCGGAUUCAUGGAGAAGGAGACUGACGUCGACGAUAUUAUCGAUUCCAUCGAGGGCCGGCUUGCUUAUAAUUCUGUCGUUGGCCAAGCUCCUUGGUUGCAUAAUCUCUUGCUUGGUAACCGCCUAUUCAAAUCCAUAGGCACACGAUUCAAGGCUGUAGCCAAGUUAAACACGGCGCAAUAUAUUGUGAAAUUUGCUGCAGAGCAACUUCUCAGAUAUAACAAUUCCGAGAAGCCAAAAGAGAUUCGAGACAUGUUGUCCCGGUUCAAAACUAUGCAAGACGGUGAAAGUUUGAUCUCGGAUAACCAGUUGUUGGCCCAUGCUGCUUCCAACAUUUUUGCUGGGAGCGACACUACCGCCAUCUCUUUGCGAGCGAUCAUCUAUUACCUUUGUCGGAACCCUACUUGCUACGAGAAGGUCCUCGCAGAGAUCGAUGGCAUGGAUAGCAGGGGCGAAUUUUCUAACCCAGUGACCUUCACUGAAGUGUCAAAGAUGACAUACUACCAUGCGUGCAUGAAAGAAGCGAUGCGACUCCAUCCCUCUUGUGGUCAGAUGCUUGAGCGUGUGGUUCCUGAGGGCGGUGCAACGCUAGCCGGGACUUUCUUACCCCAGGGCACCAUUGUUGGUGUGAAUCCAUGGGUGAUCGGCAGAGACAAGGCUGUCUAUGGAGAGAAUGCGAACGACUUUGUUCCAGAACGAUGGCUGUACAAUGACGCAGUCUCUCUUAAAGCGAUGGAGAGAAACUUUUUUGCGUUCGGAGCCGGAUCAAGGUCGUGUCUGGGCAAGAAUGUAUCGCUGAUGGAGAUGUCUAAACUCGUCCCUCAACUGCUCCGUAAUUUCCAUUUUGAGCUUGAGAACCCCGACGUUGAGUGGAAGUUGACCGGUUACUGGUUCGUCAAGCAAACUGGGCUUAUAUGCCGAGUGAACCAGCGAAAACAGCUCUUAUCUUUUUCUUCUUAA